AUGAACGAUCAGCAACCAGACCCAUCAACGCCAACAAACGCCUUCGACUGGGUCCGCAAUUUACAGCGCCAGAUCCAGCAAAAUGCCCGACAGCUAGCCCAACACCACGAGGUGUUACAGCCAGUACAUGUGCUUCUUAAGGAAAAUGCUCAACUUAAGGAGGACAAUGCAAUGUUGCGCAAGAAAUUGGAUGAUUUGCAACACAACACACAGCAGCAGGAGAUCACACACAAUACUGAAAUGGUAUUUGACGAUGAGGACGACUCGCGAGAUCCAAUUGGGAAGGCAUGUGAUAAGGUAGCCGCAGCCAUGGCAACUGUUGCACAAGCAGGAUCAUCCACCAAAGAUUCGAUUCAUGCACAUGCAUCGCCAAUGAAAAAAGUGUCGUAUGCAAGUAUUGCAAAGAAAAACAGUACCCGUACACAACGAAGAAAACAAAGAUUGGAUAAUCCUACUGAUGGCAUGAUUGCUUGGGCCAUGAGAAAAUUCACCAGCAACACUACGGAGACUAUGGAUGGUAAUCAACGUGUACCACAACGUGCACGUUAUGGCAUUGUCUAUCUGAAAUCACCCCAACGAACAUCGCAUGGUGAAGCACGACGCGCUCUUGCUAUCUUCAAGAUACCACAAGCAAGAAUCAUCGAUGUACAUUUCCCGAUCCGCGGCAUCAUAGGAUUGUUGAUUCAUGCAGACUUCAAAGCCGAGUUAUUGGAUUUACUUAAACAGGCAAAGGUAAACCCUGUAGACUUCACCCCCACAGCAGCAGCAACAAUUAUCAAUCCGGAAUAUGCCGAUUAUACUAAUGAACAACGUGCGGCCAAAGCGAAAGAGCUCUACAGCAAUAGGAUGUUACGUGCAUGUGCCCGCUUACCUAAGGCAUACCUCGGAGCAGCUAUCUUGCGACAUUUUGUGUCUCUUGCAGAAGAUGAUCCACACCAUAUGGAUGCAAUCGCUGAGAAACAAUUUCAAAUCAUGCGCCCAAGAUUAACACGUCGUGAACGUGCAGCUAUAGUAAUACCACCGAUUGAGGAAGCUCGGCGUUUGCUCCUAUCAGAGAGCAACGCUGAAAUGGAUACCAAUGCAUAA